AUGGCCGUGCCUGUAGUGAUCAUGGAGGUUGAAAACGACGGCGUUGCGAUCAUCACCAUCUCCAAUCCUCCUGUUAACGCUCUUGCCCUUCAAAUCUUUGAAGGGUUAAAGCAAAAGUUUACUGAGGCAAUGAGAAGAAAUGAUGUCAAAGCUAUUGUUAUUACUGGCAAUGGUGGGAAAUUCUCUGGUGGCUUUGACAUCAAUGUCUUUGAAAUGAUACACAAAACUGGAGACCUUUCUAUCUUACCAGAUGCUUCUGUUGAUCUUCUCGUCAACGUGAUAGAAGAUGCAAAGAAGCCUACUGUUGCUGCCAUAGCGGGACUUGCACUUGGAGGUGGCUUAGAGCUGGCUCUGGCUUGCCAUGCACGUAUCGCUGUGCCUAGAGCACAACUUGGUCUUCCAGAACUAAGCCUUGGAGUUAUUCCUGGGUCUGGUGGCACACAACGUCUUCCAAGGCUUGUAGGGCUACCAAAAGCUGUUGAAAUGAUGCUGUCAUCUAGACCAAUAAUGUCAGAAGAAGGAAAGGAAGUAGGUCUUGUUGAUGCAAUUGUACCUUUGCAAGAAUUGCUGAAAGUAUCUAGGCAAUGGGCAUUAGACAUUGCUGGUAGGCACAAACCGUGGAUACGCUCUCUUCAUUCGAUGGAUAAACUUGGCCCUCUGUCUGAAGCGCAUGACAUAUUAAAGCUGGCCAGACAACAAGCGAAACAGACUGCCAAAAAUAUGCCUCAGCACCUAGCAUGCCUAGAUGUGAUUGAAGAAGGAGUCAUUCACGGAGGAUAUAUUGGAGUACUAAUGGAGGCGAAAGUGUUUAAAGAGCUUGUAGCAUCAGUCACUUCGAAAGCUCUUGUUCAUACUUUUUUUGCCCAAAGGGCAACUGCAAAGGUACCUAAUGUUACUGAUAUUGGACUCAAACCAAGAAUGGCAAAGAAAGUUGCUGUAAUUGGUGGAGGGCUAAUGGGUUCUGGCAUAGCUACAGCGCUUAUUUUGAGCAAUAUUUACGUCGUUCUCAAAGAAAUCAAUUCCGAUUAUCUUCUCAAGGGGAUAAAGACAAUAGAAACGAAUAUCCGAGAUCUGGUAUCAAGAAAAAGGUUGGCACAGGAUAAUGCGGAGAAAGCCCUUUCAAUGCUAAAAGGCGUCCUAGACUACUUUGAGUUUAUGGAUGUAGAUUUGGUCAUUGAGGCUGUUAUUGAAGAUGUUUCACUAAAACAGAAAAUAUUUAGUGAAAUCGAGAAGGCAUGCCCUCCACACUGUAUUUUAGCUUCCAACACGUCUACUAUUGAUCUCAAUAUAGUAGGAGAAAAGACCAGAUCUCAAGAUCGGAUUGUGGGUGCACAUUUUUUCAGUCCUGCCCAUGUAAUGCCUCUCCUGGAGAUUGUACGGACAGAGAAGACCUCUCCUCAAGCAAUUCUUGACCUAAUGGCGGUUGGGAAGACCAUAAACAAAGUUCCUGUCGUCGUUGGAAACUGUACUGGCUUCGCUGUUAAUAGAACCUUCUUCCCAUACUCUCAAGGUGCACAUAUUUUGGUUAACUUGGGGGUGGACGUGUUCAAAAUCGACCGGCUCAUAACCGAAUUUGGCCUUCCUUUGGGCCCAUUCCAGCUUCAGGAUCUAGCAGGAUAUGGAGUAGCUGUCGCAACAACGAAAGAAUUUGCUUCUUACUUUCCUGAUCGCACCUUCCACUCUCCAUUGGUUGAACUUCUUAUGAAAAAUGGGAGAAAUGGUAAAAAUAAUGGAAAAGGAUACUAUAUUUAUGAGAAAGGAAGCAAGCCAAAACCUGAUCCUUUGGUAUUACCAAUAGUAGAGGAAUCUAGGAGGCUCACCAAUAUAAUGCCCAGUGGAAAGCCUAUUACUGUCACUGACCAGGAAAUUGUCGAGAUGAUAUUUUUUCCUGUGGUGAACGAGGCAUGUCGUGUUUUGGAUGAGGGCAUUGUAGUCCAAGCAUCUGAUCUUGAUGUUGCAUCUGUUCUAGGCAUGAGUUUCCCUUCUUAUAGAGGUGGUAUUGUUUUCUGGGCAGACACCAUUGGGGCUGACCAUGUAUAUCAAAAUCUCAAGAAGUGGUCACAAAUAUAUGGUAACUUCUAUAAACCGUCGUCGUUUUUAGAAGAAAGAGCAUUGAGAGGCAUUCCAUUAAGCGCACCAGCUUCAACACCUUCAGCAUCAAGGUCACGCAUGUAG